AUGGAGAAGAAGUUGAAAUCGGUGCAACUGAAAAGGCAUCAAGCGGUCGAAUUGGUGAAAAGUAUCGAACAGUUUACGAUCGGCUACAUCGAGGAAAAUGCCAGUGAAAUACCAGUGUGUUUGGAACAAUUAGAGAGGUAUUAUGAGGACUUCCUACAGGCAAAUGCAAAAGUGAAGGAACUCGAUGAGGAGGCCACAGAUGCGAGUGUAAGUGAGCGGUGUGAUAUGGAUACACGGUAUCGUCGCGUUAAGGGCUUUCUUCUACGAAAGCAACCACCUCCUACGGCCGCGCAAAAUAUGCCGAAUGAGUCGAUGCUAUUAGCGAGCUCGACACUCAAUAGUUCGGGACGAUCAGGUGCAGUGAAUUUGCGGCUUCCAAAAAUCGAAUUGCCUACGUUCGAUGGCGAUUCCACCAAGUGGUUAACGUUCCGUGACCGAUUUGUGGCGAUGAUCGACAGUGCCAGUGAGAUACCGAACAUAAUGAAGCUGCAAUAUCUGCUGUCCUCGUUGAAGGGCGAGGUUGGUUUGCUUUUCGAGCACACCACGUUGACAGCAGACAAUUACGAGGUGACGUGGGCUGCCUUGCUGAAGCGGUACGACAAUCCGCGUACGCUGAUCCGGGAGUACUAUCGGAAGAUUCAUCACCUGCCGGCAGUGAGCUAUGACAACGUGGACGAUUUGGCGCUGCUCGUCGAUGAAUUCACGCGGCAUGUGAACGGUCUGAAGAAGCUCGACGAACCGGUGGACACCUGGGACACGCCACUCGCCAACCUGCUUCUGAUGAAGCUGGAUUCGUCGACCAUUCUGGCAUGGGAGAACCACUCAGCGCAACAUAAAAAGAUAAGUACAAGGAAUUAG